GAUAUCAUUUGUACCAUCAAUAUCCAAGAUAAUUGCCUCGACUCACACUGCAUGGACAUCCAUCAACAGACUGUACAUCAAGAACGGAUAGACACCUCUCGAACAAAGGCCGUCCUCGAGCACAAGCCAACUCUGAGCUUUUUUCUCAAUGUUUAUUCCAUACAUAACUACAGUCACAUCCAAUGUGUUGUUCCUGAUGCACUU